UCGCGGCCACUGAGCGGAGAUGCGCGGGUCCGUGGCUGCGCGGGCGCCGCUCGAGGAGCGCCGCUGGGGCGGGACGGCGGGAGGCUGGCUCAGGAUCACCCUCGUCUCGUUCCUCGCCUCUUUACCUGUGGAGCAGCUGCGCGCCUUCCCGUCCUCCCUCAGCGACUGCCAGACACCGACCGGCUGGAACUGCUCGGGUUUUGAUGACCGGGACACAGACCUGUUCUUGUGCGACACCAACACUUGCAAGUUUGAUGGCGAGUGCCUAAGAAUUGGGAACAUGGUGACUUGUAUCUGUGAUUUUAAGUGCAACAAUGACUAUGCCCCAGUGUGUGGCUCCAACAAUAAGAACUAUCAGAACGAGUGUUUGCUCCGCAGAGAUGCCUGCAAGCAGCAGUCUGAAGUCCUCAUUAUGUCAGAAGGACACUGUCCUGCUGAUGCUGGCUCGGGAUCAGGAGAUGACGGAGGAGAGGGUUCAGCGGAGAACGGGCAGAAGGAGACGUCCACCUGUGACAUUUGUCAGUUCGGGGCAGAGUGCGAUGUGGACGCAGAAGAUGUCUGGUGCGUCUGCAACAUCGACUGUUCCCACAUCAGCUUCAACCCGGUGUGCGCCUCAGACGGUCGCUCCUAUGACAACCCGUGCCAGGUGAAGGAGGCGUCCUGUCAGAAGCAGGAGCGCAUCGAAGUCAAGUACCUGGGCCACUGCCAAGGCGACAUCAAAACUGGGAACAAAGGCGACGGACACUUGGCACAUACCGACCACACGGGUGUGGAAAUAGAAGACUCCAGCAACGGAAUGGCCAGUGGCUUGUCCAUUCCAUGUCCAGGCGACUACAAAAACUAUUGCGUCCAUGGAGACUGUCAGUUCCCCAGUAUGGUGGCCCAGCCCUCCUGCAGCUGUCACUCAGGUUUCAGAGGCCCUCGAUGUGACAUCAAAGAGUACAACGUGCUGUAUGUGGUGCCAGGCUCUGGAAAACUGCACUACGUCCUCAUUGCCUCUAUCAUCGGAGCCCUGCAGGUGGUCAUCAUCUGUGUGGUGGUGCUCUGCAUUACCAGGAAGUGCCCUCGGACCAACAGGAUCAACCGGCAGAAGCAGAACAAUGUCCACUUCAGUUCGGAGAACACCAUGCGCGCCUCCACUCGACUCAUCUGAGCCCAGACACGCCGGAAAAGAGUCGCCUCCUCCUCACGCUACGGAGCGCUCUGGCGUUAGAUGUUCCCCCUCCCCCGUAGGCCAACCGUGACCGUUAGCAUCUGCCUUCCUCCACUCUUCUCCCUCUCUCCCACCGUGAAA